AUAGAUAAAGUUCCAAAUGAAAUGGGUUCGUCUUCCAAAAACGCCAGUACCAUAAACUCAGUGGCGCUACCGAUCAAUGUUAACGACAAUCAGGCCAACUUCAAUCAUGAUGUUGGCUACACGAAAGUUAACCAGCCAAGAAAUCGAUAUCCCAAUAUGACGAAAUGGGACAACAGACUACAGCCACAAAACAAUGCUAUUACUUUGGGUAAUGCACAGACGCCAACCGCCGGACAGCAUACCGAAGGAGUGCGUUCCAAUGCACAAGGAGAAGCUACGUCAACUAAACAUAUUAAAAUACGAGAUAAUUGGACAUCCGGAGCCAAAUUGGAACAUCCACGCAAACAAACGGACAUAACGAAUGCACCCCGACCGCAACAACAACCAUCACCAAGUAGGAAAAUACGCUCCAACGACCCACAAUCACGGACCCGUCUGGAUCCCAACCGUGGCCAUGCAGACCAGAAUCGUCCUUCAAGUUCCAGUGUUCCACCCAGGUCAACGAAUUAUAUAACGGAAACCAGGGCAUCGAAUCGAGAGCGAAGGAAAGUGGGAUGCUUUCAGUGUACUAUUUUAUGAAUGGAAACAUUCGGAAUUGUCAAACUUGUUGAUGUUUUAGAUAUUUUAAUAAAUGAAUUUGAAAAUAGAUAGUAAUGCUCCACUACUGUUCUACAAUCGAUGCCGAUCGUCGUUCACAAAGCCGAAGAACAUGUACACUCCCGAUCAAAAGUUUGGGGUCACCCCCUCAAAAACGUGUAAUUUUUUUAGGCCCAUAUCUCCGCCAAUUUGCGUCCGAUUUCAAAACCCUAGGCUUCAUUCAAAAGAUAAUAAGUGAAA